AUGCACUUCUCAAGCGUAGCUCUGUUGCUUCCGGCAUUGAGCUUGGCGGCUCCAGUCAGGCAGCAUCCGCUUGGCUCUCACCAUAAGAACCCGUACACACCGGAUUACAGUGACCCAUACGACCGAAAGGUCGACACCGUUGGCGAAGGACUGCAGCCUCUACCUUUCCGCAAUGGCAAAGGCACGACCGUGCUGGGUCCGCGCAACAAAGCGCGAGAACAGCAGGAUCCUGACAUGGUUCGACCACCAAGCACCGACCACGGCAGCUUGCCCAGCAUGAGAUGGAGUUUUGCGGACUCGCACACGCGUAUUGAAGAAGGCGGUUGGACCCGCCAGACGACAGUACGCGAGCUGCCAACAUCGAAGGAGAUCGCCGGCGUCAAUAUGCGUCUUGAUGAAGGUGUCAUCCGUGAGCUCCACUGGCACAAAGAAGCCGAGUGGGCAUACGUACUAGAUGGCAGCGUCCGUGUUACGGCUCUUGACACCGAAGGCGGCUCGUUCAUUGAUGACCUCCAAGCCGGCGACCUGUGGUACUUCCCAUCCGGCCAUCCUCACUCACUGCAAGGUCUUGGACCCAACGGCACAGAGUUCCUUCUGGUCUUCGACUCUGGCGACUUCUCAGAGGAGAGUACAUUUCUCUUGACAGAUUGGUUUGCCCAUACGCCUCGCGCUGUCCUGUCCGAAAAUUUCCGUGUCCCGCCGGAACUGCUCGACCACAUCCCACUAUCUGAGAAGUACAUCUUCCAGGGGCAAGUACCCGACUCAAUCGACAAGGAGAAGCCGGCUGCCUUCAAGCGCUCGAAGCUAAAUUUCACUCACCACAUGCUCGAACAGGAGCCAAAGGUGAGCUCUGGCGGCAAGGUUCGCAUCACGGACAGCAGGAACUUUCCCAUCUCCAAGACCGUCGCUGCAGGCCAUCUCGACAUCGAGCCUGGCGCGAUGCGUGAGAUGCAUUGGCACCCGAACGCUGACGAGUGGUCAUACUUUGUUCGCGGUCGUGCCCGCGUCACGGUCUUCGCCGCUGAAGGAAACGCUCGCACAUUCGAUUACAUGGCUGGUGACGUCGGUGUUAUACCCAGAAACAUGGGCCAUUUCAUCGAGAACCUGUCCGAUGACGAACCGCUUGAGGUGCUGGAACUGUUCAGAGCCGAUGAGUUUCAGGACUUCUCCCUCUUCCAAUGGAUGGGUGAGGUUCCGCAGAGGCUGCUCAAGGACCACCUAUUCCAGCAUCAUCCGGCUGCAGGUGCCCACUUUGCGGACGCUGUCAAGGGUGCCGAGAAGGACUCGAUCAAAGACCUCUAUUACAAGUCUCCAGAGUUUGAGAAGGCCUCCGAGGCGAUGGUUCGAGAUCUAUAA